UAUCAAAACUGCGAGUUAAAAUAUGCUCAAAGUAAACAAUACAUGGUGAACUUUAGAUAUUUGGUAAAUUUGACUUGAUACAGAUAUAUUUAUAAUCUGACUGAAAAUGAAACCCCCCUUCGUUUUGAAACCCCGGACUUGACAAGCGGUUAAUUUUUAAAUCCACCUCUCUACUCAUUGGACUUCAUGUUAAAAGCGAAAACUUCACUUUUGUACGGAUAUUUGAAGUGAAACUGGUUAUAAUGACCUUAACUACUAAGGCUCUACGUUUCAAAUCCAAGUUCAUCACUACAGAGCUGGCACGUCUGUUCAGCCAGUCGGACAGUGAGGAGGAGUUUGAAGGUUUCAGUGAAGAUGAGGAGGAAGAGGCUACAGGGUAUUUAGACAAACGGCUAAAGACGAAGAUGGCUGAUUCGGAGGAAGACAGUGACGUGGACACAGGCUUUUACUCUGACGGAGAGGACGCCGCCCCUCCAAAGAGGAAGAGUCUGUUAGUCGCUCUGAGGUUUCCAGUCAAAAGAUUGUCCACUCCAAAACAGGACCUACAAAAGAAAAACAACAAAAGGCCGAUCAAAGUCGCUCCUCCCCCACGGAGAGGCAGAGGAAGGCCGAAGAGGAUGAAGCAGCAGGAGGAUGAGGAUGAGGAUGAGGAGGAGGAGGAGGAGGAGGAGGAGGAGGAGGUGGAGGAGGAGGAGGAGGAGAAGAAGGAGAAUAAGAAGGAGAAGAAGGAGGAGGAGGAGGAGAAGAAGAAGAAGAAGAAGGAGGAAGGCAAAGAGGAGGUCCUGUCUCAGAGCCUGAGGAAAAGAGACAAGAACAUCCAGGAAAACAAGGCCAUGCUGGCAAAGCUGUUUGCUGAUCUGAGCACCGUGGCGGACCUGAUUCCUCCCACCACCCCUCAGAAGAAGAAGCGGGGGUCAGAGAAAGCAACGGCACGAAAACGCAAGUUUGAGUCCGAGUCGGGGUUAGAAAGGAGAAACCCAUCCCGUAAGGCUCGUCCACCUGAGAACUUCGCUGUGGAGGAAAAGAGCGAACCGGUGACUGUCAGACCCCGGAGGACUGUAGAUCUCAGGAAACUGGUGGAGGUGGAUGAGGAACAAUUCGAUGACGGAAAGAAAAAGAAGAAGAGAAGUUCUAAGGGCCAGUACUUGGUGAGGUCAGUCGAUGAAAUCACAGAUGAUGACCUCUUGAACAUUGCGUACCGCAGCAAAGACAAGAUCUGGGACAAGGAGAAUGGCAGCUCAUGUCACCAGUGCCGACAGAAGACUCUGGACACCAAGACGGUGUGUCGCAGUGGCUUCUGUGUGGGGGUAAAAGGUCAGUUCUGUGGGCCUUGCCUGAAGAACCGCUAUGGAGAGGACGUACGCAAAGUGCUGCUCGACCCGACUUGGUCGUGUCCCAUCUGCCGUGAGAUGUGUAACUGCAGUCUGUGUCGUAAGAAGGAGGGCCGCUGUGCUACUGGCAUCCUGGUGGGAUUGGCACGCUACAACGGCCACAACAACGUCCACGAGUAUUUGGAAAGCAUUCAGAAGGAGCUGCAGUAAAAGUCGAGAGAGGAGAACCUGCUGACGCCGCUGAAACCUGGAUCCAGCUCUCGUUCUGCACAGUACAGUUGAAUUCAACUUGACGCACAUAUUUUUUGUGGUUUCGAUCUUUUUAUCUUACUCAAAAAACAAGGAGAAAAAAAAGCUUGUUAUUUUCAUGUCCCCUUAUCAUAAGGCACAUACACUGUUGAUAUGUUUUAUAUAUCCUGAUCUUAACGCUGCAUAAGAUGCAGAAUGUUUUUAAUGUUUAAAGUCAGUACUCAAACGUGUGUUGUAUAUUUUCCUUUGAAGAUUUCUACUCUUCAUGUUCACUAGAGCUAAUGUAAGUAAGGGUUCGCAUAUUUUCUGUUUCGGAUGCAAAUGGAGCCUUUUAAGAGCAACUGAUUUUCUAAAAGUGAGUAACUUUACAGCCCUCUUGUCAGUUCACUGUGUAUUUGAAUAAAGAAUGGCAUUAUCUUAAUGAA